GCACACGCGUUCAUUCCUUUGCCGAACGAGGUUGCAAGUGGUCUGCGGCUCGAAUCGCCCCGACGAGAGUUAGUAGCGAUCGUUAUCGACGUACGUCUCUCGUGAUCGGUAAAACGCGACACUCGCCAGAGAGAGAGAGAGAGAGAGAAGGACAGGAGCUAGAAAAGAAAAAGGAAAACUGGCUGCCGUAGCCGACGGAUACGCCUAAAGCUCGUAAAACACAGACCGAGGAUACGGCGGUGGAGGGUGCGUUCAUUUUCGCGUUUACCCAACCCCAGGAAAGUGUCAUCGAGUUAUUUCGUGCAUCAGGAUUUAUCGGUAGUGACGUCGUGUCUGUAACUGACAUUCCUGGCUGAUAAUCUGGAGCGUGUUCAUUGGCGUGGGCAAAGGGCGCCAAUUAGAAAUUACAAAUAUGUAUACGAACGUUUUUCAUGUGCGCUAUCGUGUCGAAAGGUUGUAGCGCUUAUCCGGGACUUUUGGGUUAAACGAGUUAUCAGUGCUGAGUGACUCUCUCCAUCGGUACGCAGAGUGCGAUACUUAACGAAAUCCCUCUCGUAGUUAAUCAAGGUGUGACACGCGAUAUUGCGAGUGCUAAUGAACUCGGCAUAGUAUUAAGUUAACCCGGCUUCUCUUGUGAGCUUGACGCAAGUUGCAUAUGGGGGAGGCCAACCGUGUUCUAUGUUGUACAGUGUAACUUGGGCGUUUUCGCGGGUACGUGUUGUCAGUGCGCGAGUGUGUACAGUGCGGUUUUUCGUAAAAUCUUCCGACGGAUAGUUAAGGAGGAAAAGUGCGGUGACUGUGAGAUAUUCGGACGGGAAAUUCUGUUGAACUUUAUAGACUUUAGGGAAAACUUGGUUGGUGCGACACUGUCGACGAUAACGUUUGUCAGACAGCACUUUGAGUUUCGUGCUCUUGUUUUAGCCUCUGACAGCUUAGACACGGAUACUUUAAACUCUACUCGUAAUAACUGCAUUGGAUGACAAAGGCUCAAGCUAUUCCUUCCGUGCUCGACAAGUUUCAAUGAUCGAGAUAGCCGCGAAAUUUGAAAAUCAAUCAUUCCACUCUCAGGUUAGGAUCUCUAAGUGACGUGUCGAGAAAAAUUAAUAAAACCGUACCGACGUCUUUGACAUCGUUGCACCAAGAGGCAUCAUUCGUGUUAUAAAUUUCUUUUGAUUUCUUUUUUCUUCUUUUUUUUCACUCAGCGAUACUUUUCACGUGCUCGUGCCAAUACGAUUCUGUCUAACGUCGCGACAAAGUAUCGCAAUUCCCACGAGAUACCGGUUCGUCUGGUUUCCGUGUAGAACCCUAAGAAGUGAAUCAAGAAAAUCGAGUUUCUCGUCGAAAGUAAAUGCUACCUGCGUUACAGUGUUUUCUCGUUUAAUCUCGUAUAUUUAUUUACUCAAAACAACGCCCCGUAAAGAAUUCAUUAGGUUCUCGACUUACGAGCGAGACUCCCGUGCCCGUAAACGGUCUUUUUGAAUUGAAAAAAGAAAAUAGAGAACCGACUCCUACUCCCGACACAAAGAAAACCCGAGAAGAGUCCGCGCUCGUUAACUCUCGCUCAUUAGCCAAAGUCCUCAGCCAAAUAAGCAUACAUCGAAUAUCCACAUCGUAAAUUAACGUUGCCGCGCGUCGCGCUCGUUCGCCCACGUAUUUAAACGACCGCGUCGUCCGUUGAAGAUCGUUGAAACCAAUUCGUGGUCAGUGACAUCGAUGUCAUGCGAAUGACGUUAAGAGGCACGAGUGCUCGCCGAUGUUUUCAUAAGAGACUGCGAGAGUGGAAUUAUCGUCCGAAACACGUAAUAAACAUGUCGGAAUCGUCGGUGCCAAAAGUGCCUGCCAUGAAACUGCUGAUCAUCCUGCUGGCGCUGUGCGCACCGCCCCACACAAAAGCCGACGGCGAGCAGUCCUUCAGAGUCAGGCCGACGAACAAUUCGGUUCUGGAAGGCGGCAAAGUGGUGAUAGACUGCGAAGUCAAUAAUCGUAUGGGGAUCGUUCAGUGGGUCAAAGAUGGCUUUGCCUACGUCAUACAGCCAAACGGUGAGAUCGUCGGCCAUCCCAGAUUCAGAUUGGUCGGCGACCAGAAUUCCGGUGUCUAUAAAUUGAGAAUCACGGAUGCCUCUCUGACCGACGAUGGAGAAUAUCAGUGCCAAGUUGGGCCCUAUUUGCGGGCCAAGCCAAUUCGUGCCAACGCCCAUCUCACCGUUAUCUCGCCGCCGGUCAAGGUGGAAAUCAGCAGCCAUCCGAACCAGGCGAAAAUCGAGGCGAAGAUAGGACAGUCGCAUACACUGGAAUGCGCAGUGAGAUUUGCCAAGCCAGCAGCGUCCAUUGUUUGGUAUCGUGGAAAUGUCCAAAUAAAAGGUGGCGAUACGUCCAUCACGCCAAUCUCCAUUGAGGACGAUAAGGAAAUAUUGAAACCUGGCGAAUUGAGGAAGAAACUAUUAAAAUACGACACCCACGGCUCGAUAACAAUUACGCCGACCGCCGACGACGACGAGAUGGAUUACACCUGCGAGGCGAGACACCCUGCCAUCCCCAUCGACAUGCCAAUGCGGGCGACCAUAAAGCUUUCCGUCCUGUAUCCGCCAGGAAUGCCUUACAUAGACGGCUACACGGAGGGCGAGACCGUACGACGUGGACAGCAGGUCGAUCUGACGUGUCGUUCUCGGGGUGGCAAUCCACCCGCCCAAGUAGUCUGGUUUAGAAACGAUGAACAGAUCACAACCGUUUAUAGAACCGAACCCACCUUCUCCGAGAACGUGCUGUCCUUCGAAGCGAAAGCGCAGGACAACAAAGCUCGAUUCAGAUGCGAAGUCUCAAAUAUUAUGAGCGUCGCUCCUCUCAAAGCUUACGUUGACCUAACAGUACUAUUCGCGCCUACCGCAGCCGUUAUUACUGGUCCGACCGAGGCCAAAGCUGGUGAACGGGUGAAGGUCACGUGUACCACUGAAAAUUCAAAUCCGCCGUCGGAUAUCAAGUGGGUGGUUGCUGGGAGAAAUUUUCAAAACAGCACGUCCAGGACGUACCUUGCUCCUCAGGGAGGAUCGAUCACCACCUCCGAUAUUACUUUCAGCAUCAAUCCGGAAGUUCGGAGUAUCGUUGUGCUCUGUCAUGCGCUUAACAAUAAGCUCGCUGAAAGUGUCGUCGGUACCCAUACGAUUAAUGUUAUUUAUUCACCGUCUGAUCUUGUAAUCACUGGUUACGAAGAAGGUACUAGUGUAGAGGCUGGUACCGUAUUGAAAUUAUCUUGUAUGGCCACAGCUGGAAAUCCAUUGGCUACGUUGACGUGGUAUAAGAAUGACCGGAAGGUACGUAAAAAGAUGACAGGAAAUGUUAGAACUCGUGAUCAGCUCGUAUCUAGUGAGCUUGCAAUUCUUGUUAAUGCCUCCGACAAUAAUGCACGUAUACGAUGCGAAGCUACUAAUUCAGCAACGGAAAUACCUCUAUUUCAGACUUUAUUACUUAAAGUGAACUUCGCACCUGAUCAAGUGAAGAUUAGCCGCGAGCCAAAAGAAUUUCGUGCUGGCCAAGUGGGACGGAUUAUCUGUGAAUCCAGUAGCAGCAAUCCACCGGCUGAGAUGUCCUGGUGGAAAUCAGGAAUACCAAUUGAAGGAAUUAAAAACAGUACAAAGUCAGGUUUACACGGUGGUUACUUAUCCUCGGUCGAGUUAACUUUAGACCUGACGGAGGACAUGAAUGGCGAUUUAUACACCUGCCAGGCCAGAAAUGCAGAGAUGGAGAGAUCCAUUCAUGAUGCAACAACGCUCAAUAUACUCUACAAGCCUAUAUUCGCUCCAUUGGAUUUAAACGAAUUGAUCGGAAUGGAAGGCGAACCCUUCGUUAUUUCCGUUUCGGCGGCUGGGAAUCCGGCUAGUAUUACCUACACUUGGACGAGGGAUGGUUUACCCUUAAGUGUCGGUGCCAAGAGGAUAACGGCAAGGGGUCCAACCUUAAAUAUCACCAGGUUGGAACGUUACGAUGCCGGUACAUAUAUAUGUGAAGCAAUGAACGAAGAAGGCACUACGUUUUAUCAACUGAACUUAACGGUUCAAUAUCCGGCAAAGAUCAAACGCACCUCCAUUUCCGGUAUCGUCUACCCGGCAAAUACGGAGGCGAAACUGUUCUGUGAAGUAGAUGGCAGUCCCAUUGGCGAUGCUUACGUUACUUGGUAUAAAGAAGGUUCCGCUAGCAAACUCUCAGGACGUUACUUCACGUCAUUCUCGAACAAGACAUCCUAUUUGCAUAUUGAGAAUCCUGGUCAGGAAGACGUAGGAGAGUAUCAAUGCAACGUUAACAAUGGGAUCAGCAACGUUACCUCGGAACCCAUUUUGUUUAUAACGGAUUUUAAACCGGAAAUGGCGAAUCCACCGUUGACGAGGAAAGCAGCUGCCAACAAGGGUACGAACGCUCGUUUAUACUGCAAAGCACAGGGUUCGCCUCUGCCACUCUUCACAUGGAUUUUUAACGGAAAGACGCUCCUACCUAAUCAGACUGAUCAGAAAUAUAACGUCAAUCAUACCGAGAUAUCGAAGCUGUAUUCACAGUCGGUGCUUACUAUCUUUCGCGUGUCUUCCCAUGAUUAUGGAAAGUACGAAUGCAGAGCUCAAAAUAAAAUAGGAUAUGCCACGGAUGAGAUAUACUUAGACGUGACGUCACCACCUGAUAAACCAUCGGACUUACGAGUGUACAACGUGACGCACGAUUCCGUAACGUUAACGUGGAAAAAAGGUUUUGACGGAGGCCUCCCCACGUCCCAUAAAAUAAGAUGGCGACAGGCGUUAGAUUACGAAGACAGAUAUUACUACCUGGAUGUAUCACCUGGCGAUUACAGUGCAGUUAUCACAGGAUUAUCCCUGGGGACCUACUAUGUUUUCAGUGUCAAAGCUAUAAAUGCCAAAGGCGAGAGCGGCUACCUUCCGGAUUUGACUAAAGUUCAGACUCUACGGCCGAACACUGCGGAAAAUCUGCCGGAGGUACUCCUGGAGAAGGGCGACUUCCCGAUGAAUUAUAUCUAUACGGUUGCUGCCACUUCCGUCGUCUUUUUUAUCGUUAAUCUCUUCAUCAUGUUAUGGUACAUUGUACGAAAGCGAAACAAAGCUCGUAUUAAUAAGUCCCAAACUACGGACAUGUAUGCACCAUCGACUGUCAAUGGCGACACCAUGACCGGUGAAUUAAGUUCGGUCUCGGAUGAGAAGAGCGACGUUAACUUCGACGCUAAUGAUUAUGUGGACGAGGGGCGGAAAACUGCAGCUAGCACCUAUUUAAUAGAUCAAAGUAUACAAGACUUUGGUAAAAACAGUUUAGAAAUGCAAGUUCAUCAUCAAGGGACUUUGAGCAGGCGUGGCAACCACGUGCACGGAGUUUUGAAUAUGGAUUCUCCGCCCCAGAGAACAACAGCCAGUGGAACACUCUCGGUCUCGAAAUCGAGCUACAUCGGGAAUCCGAGUCCAGCCCCACCAUCAGACGUGAACUUUUACAGCGUGGAGAUGGACAAUGGCCGAUAUUUGGGAUAUGAGGGAAACUCGAGCCCGGCCCCAGUGAUGGGGGACCCGGGCCCAGGCGCAUACUAUCCAUCCCUGGGACCCACAGGGCACAUCGUAGCGCAUCCACCAACAGGGACGGGGACCCUGACAAGAAACAGGACUCUUCCUCGUCCAGUCCCCCCCCCAGACGUCACUGUUAUGACUGCAGGAACAAAGUCCCCCAUACCGCCCUCGGUACCCCCCCCGCCAGCUACAUUUGCACGUGCGGCCCCCAACCCCGUACAUUCCCACGGGCACCCACUGUCAACUUUCACCUCGACCCCAACGUACUCUGACAUUGACGGACAUCUUGUUUGAGGUUCGCCAAUUUCCGCCUCGAAAAGACUCGCUGCCCCCUUAGGAUGCACCAGAGAUACUUCGGAAGAUGAUUCCGUCGACUCGGAGGAGAGCACACGCCUAUAGAUCCCGAAAGUGUUGUAUAGAUUUCAAUGAGUAUCCCAACAGGCAUUUACUCAAGCUCGGAUAACGCGGCGGCGGAUCGCGACCUUGCAACCUAUAAAUAUAUACAUAUAUAAAUAUAUAUAUAUAAAUAUAUACAUAUGACAUUGUGUUACUCGUGCGGGGACAUUUCGUUAUGUACAGAUUAGAUUGAUAAGAACCAGUAUGUUUAAGUACGACGACGAUGUUACGACUGUAAGAAUCAAUCGGUACGGACGAGACACGGGAUACUAGACUGGGCAUUUAUACUUCAUUUUAAUUAAUUUUUUUUUCUUUUUUUUUAUCCAUGCACCAUCCUCGACCUUAAGCGCAAGGGAUAUCCGACUAAGGACAGCCUGAGGAACUUCCCCGGGCACUAAAUUGGCUCUGUUGUGUAAUAUUGGCUUUUUUAUACUUGAACAACUUUACGUACCGCGUGUCUGGAGACGUCCCGGCGCCGGGACGCUUUUCGCACCGUAUUCACUGCCGCUCCAAAAAGUCAAUAAUACGCGUUGAAUGAUUUUACGAUUUUUUUUUUCUUUUUAUAACAUAGCGCGAUCAUUCCCGUGUAUAUUUUUUUAAUCCGUAAUAUCCGUACUGACCUGCUCUAUAUUAAUUAGCGAAUUGUCGGGCGACGGUAGUUCAACGAGCGAGAGGUGUUUCCUAUGUUCGAAAGUCAAAAGACAGUAACGACUGUAAGACGUGUUAAAUGAUCCAGGGAGCCACUCAAAAAAAAAAAUACACUAGAUCUCGGGUAUAUCAGGAAUGGUAAAACCAAGGCGCGAGAUCACAAUGAAAUUCUACGUGCGGAUGAAUUAGAAAAGAGAAUUGUAAGAUAGGUAGUAGAAAAUGACAAAUAUAUAACAUAAUCAGUGGACUUUACUGGAAAUCAUCCGAAAGGCAUAACAAAAAGAAAAGUGAGUGUCUUGGCGUAGUGAUAUCUUUAAAAAAGACAAUAGUACAUAAGUUUAGUUGUAUACGUAUAGUUAAAUUCAUUUAAUUUAAGAUAACUCGUACGCCACCCUGGCCAAGCCAAGUCGGUUGGUGAAUUCAAAAAUUCGCAUUCGGGUUCACGCGCAAGCGGCGACACAGCUCGGAUCGUAUUCCUGAUUAGUGUCGCGGGGAAAAUAUUUGUACACAUAUUUUUGCAUUUAUUUCAAUUGCAUUGAUUAUUCAUGUAAAUAGAGCAAAACGGAUACGUCUUGACAUUUCUCACACUCCACAAGUAUAAUUCAAAUGGAUCAUAUGAGGGUCUCACUGUACCUAGGCUAUAAAUGAAAAGAUGCGCUGUAGGACACCUAACUAAGACUAUAUAUGUAUAUUUGCGAAAAAAAAAAAUUACUCGUGUUAUCGUAUGAGACGACGAUGUGUUUUACGUUUCUGUAGAGAAGCCUAAGUAGUCGACAUAUAUAUUUUUGAAAAAGUAAAAAAAAAACCUCAUAUGUUUGGCCUAUUCUAGGUAAUACUUUCGAAGCGUGCGACACACACGGAAAUUUAAGCGGCCAACUCUCCGCCUCUACGUACUGCGAAUAAUAAUUCCAGACACCCAUUGUAAAUAAUUCAAUUCUAAUCGUAUGCCUGAACAUCGAAUAACCGGGAUGCAUUUAUUUUAUAUUAAUUCAUUCUUAUUCGGAUCGUCGUCGAUCCCAUUCGACUCUUUUUAUCCUUAUAAAAGUAAUUAUCAUUGUAAAUUAAUUUUACAUCGGAAUCACGUUAUCGAAUGGUAUCGCCUACACCCAUCUUGUUAUCGUGUUAAAUUGUUUGAGGUAUGAUAAGGUAAAAGGACAAAGUAUUAAAGAAGAUUGAAGGUUAUCGUAUCCGACGGGCUGUCUCUAGAUUCCUGCGUGUCUCAUGCUUGAGUAUCGUUUGAAAGUUUUAUGAAUGAACGUUUACUUAGCAUAUGCCAUUGUUAUUUGAUUAUUGCAAUGAUUUGUUACAGUAGAGUCUACAGGCUUAAAACGUGUAUUGUUGAUCGCUGUUGUGCGUGGAGCCGCGCAGACCGGCUUAGACUGAUGAUAAAAAAAAUUCACGUAUGCUCAAUUAGAGAACAUGUUCGCGCAUAAUUAAGAGUUCUAUUUACAUAUACAUGUUUUAUAUUUGUAAUUAACAAAAAAAAAUCAUCUAUACUUAAUAUUACCUGAAAUUAUUAGAUUAUGUAAUCUCCAAAGUAUUUGCUCAUCAAAGUGCUAGAACAUGUUUAAAAAAAAAGAAACGGGCCGAUAUUCGUCCAAAAUGGUACCUUGGAGAUGGACAUACCAUCUAACAGCACGGUAUUUGAUAUUUUACAUGAUAAUUCAUAAAUUACGUUGAUUAUUCUAAGAUCAUAGUCAAUCCUAAUUAUACAAUCAUUAAGAUAUAUGAGGAUAUAAAAAUAAUCAUUUUAAAUGUAAAUAGUGUAAAUACAAGACCUAGAUAGAUAUGAAAAUUGAAAUACAUAAUGAAUUAUAUCAAGCUACGAUGAAAAUACACAACAACAACAAAAUCGAGAGCUUUUCUAAUAGCUGACAAUUUUAUAUCUCCAUUUGCAUUAUUCAGUUUUACUCUUAUCUAUUGAUAAUCGGUUAGCACCGAUUGCACGUCCCUUUAUAAAGAUACACAUAAACACUUCACUUUGUGCGAAAAUUUUGACUUAUGGAAAAAUGCAUUUUUGCAUUAUGAACGAAACAAAUGUUUAGAAACUUAACGUCCAUUUGUUACGUAAAAACGGCUUAAAAUUGGAUGGAAAAGAAAAUUAUAUGUUUUUCGAAAAUUCGAGACUGAAGUCUUGAACGGAAUUGGAUUAAUUUUAUACGUAUAAAAAAAGAAAAAGAAAACAAAUGUUGAGUAUGCUACUUCCAUUUAUGUGCCAACAUGUCGAGAAUUAAUUCGAUAUACUGUGUUACGAAUGCAAAUAAUUUUUCAAUGACACAUCAACGAGCAAAACACGAUAAUUUAAAUGACGUCGAAAUCAUGGUAUUAAAAUGUUGAUUGAUUAUCGCCAAUUUUUCAUUCAUACGUGCACGUCGAUAAAGCUCUCUCUAAAUAAAACUAAAACCACAUGUGUAAUGUAAUUAAAUAUCCAAUCGGUAUAUUAAUUAUUGUAUAUAUAUAUAGUAUUUUUACAUUCUAAUUCUAAAUUCCAUUUCCGAUUCUAAAUGGUACAUUAUUGUGUGCUUCGUCUGUCGCUCCUGCAUUACACAAGGAAAAUCGUACUGUAUACGUACUGCUCGUAACGUUCGAUAAUUUUCAUUAAUCAUUUUCAUUGAAGAUAUUGAAAAUUCAAUUUUUCUUCGUGUUCUCCCAACCUUCCCCGACUCCCUUGAAACUUUUCUACCCUGUAUAGAAAGUGACGCGAUUUCGUCAGAUACUCCCAGAAUGAAUUGCCUAUUUGGUAAUAUUUUAAUGAGUGGUACAGUUCGUCUUUUUUUUUUUUGUAUCCAUCUAUCACAAUUUUUAUUGGGCAACCUGAAAAGUAAAAGAAAAGGAUAAUAUAUUGUUAUAUGCUAUAUUUAAAAAACCCCAUUGAAAGUUCAUUGAGUUUGGUGUGCUGCGGUAUGAAAGUACUUUGCCAAGAUGUUAUGUGUUGUUGGGGAAUAUAGAAAAUUUAAUAUUUUUUUUUUCUUUUGGAGCACGUAUAUUCAUAGCUAAUGAAUAUAAAACCUCGAGGACUCGCGUGUGCACGGAGGCAGAGUGAAGCUCAACACACUAGUCUUUAAUUUAAAACCAAAGUAAAAGAAAAUGAAAAUUAUGUAGUAUUUAAGAAUCUCCAUUAAGUGUACACACUCGUGUGUCUAUACAGAUAUAACGACUAUUAAUGAUUCAAUCACUGUAAUUAGGUAAAGAAACGACUAACCAUUAUUAUACAGAUAGGUAAAAUUAAGCCACUCAUUAUAUGUAUUUUAUUUCUAAUACGUUUUUCAUCAUGCAGCGUUAACGUUUUAUCCUUAGGAGGUUUCGUCGAUUAGCGAUAUCAAUUCUGUAUCUGUAUAUUGUUUUUCUAUUGAAACUAUUAAAACUGAUUAUAACAUA